GUUGCCAUUUAACUUGCCCUGCGAUCUGGUCUCUUUCUUUUUAACCUCUCAUUUUGCCUAGGCGGACUUCGAUAUAUCCAGAAAUCGUGAAACAAAAUGGGUCGUGUACGAACCAAGACGGUGAAGAAGGCCGCUAAGGUCAUCAUUGAGAAGUACUACACGCGUCUGACGCUGGACUUCCACACCAACAAGCGCAUCUGCGAGGAGGUGGCCAUCAUUCCCACCAAGCCCCUCCGCAACAAGAUUGCCGGCUAUGUCACCCACUUGAUGGGUCGCCUGCGUCACUCCCAGGUGCGCGGUAUCUCCAUCAAGCUGCAGGAGGAGGAGCGUGAGCGUCGCGACAACUACGUCCCGGCUGUCUCCGCUCUGGAGCAGGACAUCAUCGAGGUCGAUGCCGACACCAAGGAGAUGUUGAAGCUGUUGGACUUCCACAACAUCCGUGGACUCCAGCUCACCAACCCCAACACCAACAACUUUGGACGUCGCAACUAAGUUUUUUCUAUAGCGCCUAGAUGAGGAAGUUCUGAUUGGUUUUGCAUCGAAUCACAAAUAAAAAACUUGUGUGAAGUGCAUUUUGAAAAA